AUGGCUACCGAAGGCACCGAACUGGCCGCGGCGCCGGCGCCGGCGACCCAAACUUCGUCCUCCGCUACCUCAGAGCUCCCCGUGGUCAACAUCGGCACGCGGCGAUCAGUGCUGGCGCGGGUGCAGACGGACAUUGUGGAGGCGGCGCUGAAAGAGGCGUGGCCGGGCAGGAAGUACGCGAUCCACGCCAUGGCGACCAUGGGCGACAAGAACCAGACCACGGCGCUGCACGAGUUUGGGGCCAAGAGCCUGUGGACGCACGAGCUGGAGGCGCUGCUGGCGAAGGGAGAGCUGGACAUGAUUGUGCAUAGCUUGAAGGACAUGCCCACCCAGCUACCGCCCGGCAUGGCCAUCGGUGCCAUCUUCCCACGCGAGGAUCCGCGCGACGCCUUCGUCCUCAAGGCUUCGCUAGCAGCCGACCCGGCGACGGCCUCGACGCACGCGACCAUCAGCUCGCUCCCCGCGGGCUCCGUCAUUGGCACGUCGUCGGUGCGGCGGUCGGCGCAGCUCAAGCGGCUGUACCCGCACCUGCGCUUCGCCGACGUGCGCGGCAACGUGGGCACGCGGCUGGCCAAGCUCGACAGCACCGACCCGGACGCGGUGCAGUACACGGCGCUGAUCCUGGCGGCGGCCGGGCUGAAGCGGCUGGGCCUGCAGGACCGCAUCACGUCGCUGCUGAGCAAGAAGGAGGGCGGCAUGCUGCACGCCGUGGGCCAAGGCGCCCUGGGCAUCGAGGUGCGCUCCGACGACAAGCACGCCCUCGAGCUGCUGUCGCGCGUCGGCUGCGAGCGCACCGCCCGCGCCUGCCUCGCCGAGCGCAGCCUCAUGCGCACCCUCGAGGGCGGCUGCAGCGUACCCAUCGGCGUCGAGACCGAGUGGCUCGCCGACGACAAGGACGACCUGAUCAUGCGCGCCGUCGUCACCAGCCUGGACGGCGCCGACGCCGCCGAGGUCGAGCUGACCACCAAGAUCGACUCCAGGGAGGCUGCCGACGAGUUUGGCAGAACCGUCGCCGCCGCGCUGGUCGAGAGGGGCGCCUCCGCCAUCUUGGAGAAAAUCAAUCUGAACAGGGAUAUCGUGAAGGCUCAGGGUGACGCGUAG